AUGACUUCGGAUGUUCGAAAUCUUACUUCCUUAAAUAAUACACAAAACCCUGUAGGGAAUCACCGAAGUAUAGCAGCUUCCGAGUUGGAGACGAUUUCUAGUCUAGACGUGAGCAGCAGUUCCCUUGUGUCUAGUAGUGAAGACCAAAUACUUACCUAUCAAAAGGAACUAGAAGACUGGCUCCUAAAAGCUGUGGUUCAUACAUUUUCUAAAUUGUCUUCAAGCCACAGAUCAUUUGAAUCAAUUGUUACAAAAGCUGUUGGACUGCCUACAUCACUUGCUUGUGCACUAAGUUAUUACCUUCCUAAAGAUUACAAGGACUUGUUAACUGAAAGCAAAUUAGAUAAAGUUUGCUUAGAUCAUUAUCAAGAAUUAUUACUAUUAUUAUCAUCAUCAUCAACUACUGUAUUGGAUACAAGUACUAUUAUAAAUCUCAAUAUUCAACAUGAUCUAUUCAAAGAUGAUUGUGAAAAUAUUAAAAGAAUUGUUAAUUUUAUUCAACGUUUAAAUAAAUCAUUGGAUAAUUUCACUUCACUCCUCGCCUCGAUUACACACUUGUUGAAUCAAUAUCCAAAUAGAUCUAUUGAUGAACGUAUUGGAUUUAAACAACAUAAUGAUUUAUAUCUGGUCAUUAAUGUUUAUCAAUUGAUUUCUAAAAUUGCCAACACUACUACUAGUGGUAUACAACGUUCUUCUGUCAGUUCAGUCUCAUCGACAACUGUUACCACUACUACUCCUGUUUCUUUGACUAGUGCAAAUACUAUCCAUAGUGAUACUCUACAAUCAAAUUAUACUUCUCGUGUACAAAACGGAGUCUUACGUGAUUUAGUUCGUACCUCUGCAGUUGUUGCUAAACCUGCAAGACCAGCACAUCCAAGUAAUCAACCUAUUCCUGUAGUAAAUCAGUCUACAGUAGACCAGUUAGUUAGUUCAUCGACUUCAUCAUUCAUUCAUUCAAAAGAUAUGAGUAACUGUGACAAUAAUACUCCUACUACUACUAAUAAUAAUUCUCAAAUAUCUGAUGAAAAUAUACAUUCCACAUCAACUACAAAAAUUGCCAAUAACCUGAUAGGUGAUAAUGAAGAAAAUCAAAAGCUCAAAAAUAUUACCAAUGAUAAAACUAAUGAUUUACUAACUGAUAUAGCUCGUGCUGCAUAUAACCGGAGUUCUUCUACACCUUGUAAAGAAUUCUCUAAUAAUACUAGUGAUAUCAAUAAGUCUGGACAAGUACAGCCAUUACACCAACAAAAUAAAAGUUCCACUAAUGGUCAUUAUUAUUUAACGCCUGUGUCACAUGAUGAUAAUUCAGCUAUCGAUUUACCUGCCAGUCAGGUAAUGACAUCUAAUGACGCUACUGCCAUCACUACAGAUACCAAUGAUGUUAGUCAACCAUUCACGCGUAAUUCACUUUACGCUACAUUUAAUAAGCGCCCAACUCCAUGUCUUUCAACCAAAUUGCCAUCAAUUGGUAGUCUAUCUCAACCGAAUAAUCCAAUGAAGCGUAUGGGAGCAAAAUCACCUCGAAUGAAUUCUACUGGUGAUAUUAAUUUGACACAAGUUACACUGCCAUCACUACGAUCUGAAUUUGAAAAGCGUAAACGUUCCCUAUCCUCUGUUAAUCCUGCAGAUGUGUCCGAAAUUUCCAAAAUUGAAAAAGCUUUACCUCUAGGAACAACAACUUGGAAAGCUGCUGGAACAGCACGUUCUCAAACACGUAAAACUAACGAGGCUGAUAAUACUGGUGAAAAUGGUAUUUCAUCGACUAGUACAAAGCCUGAGCAAGAGAAUAAUACAACACCUGGACGUGCUGCAGCUCUACGAUUAUCCUUAGAUCAACGCAGACGUGCUAUUGAAGUAUCCAGACAACGUGAACGUUUAGCCAGUACUAAAGCAGCUGCUAAUAGAAAUAAUGCAGCUUUUGUUAAACUUCUUCAGGAGCAAUUUCAUCAACGUCGGGAUGUUCCAGCGGGAGAAAGUAAACUACCCAGUGAUAAAACAUCGAAGACUGAAACUACUCCUACUGUCUCACCGACGAAAUCAAACGGACCAGAAAACUUGGCUAGUGCUUGUGUAGAUGCAGAAUGUAUGCAUGUUGCAACAGAUAAUCAAGAGAUUACUGCAUCUGUCUCUCAGGUUGGUCAAGCUACAGAUAUGGAUGAAGAUUUUUCAAUGCUGUCAUCAUCUACUGUUCCGAAUUCUAAUGAGCCUUUACAAGAUAAUUCUGUUUUUAUGGAAACUAGUACGACAGUUGCAGCGCUGGACGAUAAUGCAUAUGAACCGAGUGAAUCUGUAGCUUCUUCGCCUAAAUCUCCAAAAUCCUGUCGUGAAGAAAAUCAAAUGUAUGAUUCGCCUACGCUUCCAGUGAAACACUCAAAACACCAUGAUACAGGCCCUAUGAACAACCAUCAUAGUACUCAGAAUUAUCAAGAUAUAGAUCAACGUUCAUCUGUAUCCUGUCAGAGAUCGAACAGCGACGAAUCAGAUUAUCUUCCAUCCAAUAUGUCAGCACCUCAUAUUGUCUCACCCCACCCAUCCAGUUGGCAUCAGUCUUUACCAUACCAACGUAAACCAGAUACUAAGAGACCAAAGUCUCGAUAUAGUGAAAGGGAAUCCACACCUCAACCGGAAUCGUUUGCUGCCGAUGCUCAUAAUCACCAUAUUCAUCAGUAUCCUCAUACUCACAAAAGCUCAAAGUAUCGAGGUUAUGCGGAUAAAACAUAUCCUGGGCAUUUUACUCCAUCAGUUGCAUAUAAUGAUCGUGGUUUUGUUUCUGUUGAUCCAUUUCAUGGUACUCAAUCUCCUCGCUUUAGACGCCACCAUAUCAAUCAUAAAACCUGUCAUUGUGACACAUCUUUACACAAUUCUACAUGUGAACAACCAAUUCCUCAUAGACAUACAUCUCAACGACAUUAUCGCCGUCACAAUCCUGCUAAUCAAUUGAUUCAAAGCGGUAGUUAUUGUGAUUGUAGUUCAGGUGAAGCAAGUUCAGAAACAGAUGAUGAAUCGAACUGUACUUGUGAUGAUCAUUCUUAUCCACACGUCAAUCGUAUGGCUUACUCUGGACGAUUUUCUCAUCGAUCACUUUCUAGAUUGUCGAAACCACACUCCAAAAACAGAUACAGAUCAAAUGUACGUAAAUCGACUGAAUAUGGCUACGAUUAUGAAGAGGAAGAAGGUAGAAUACACUCUCCAGCUGGAUCAUAUGCUUCCUUACGUGGAAUCAACUCACGUGCGGCUAAACUUGAUAUGAAUGCCAUGGGAAAUAACAAUAAUAAUAAUAAUAUUCAUUCAACAGCAUCUGGUGUUGAUCCUGCCACAUUAGAUCAAAUUAAUCGAAAUAUGUCUGAUUUACGCUCUGGUUUUGAACGUUUAUCUAUGCAACAACAAGUUCUGUUAGCUUCCUCGUCUGCGACAACAGCUGCUGCUCUAGUUGCGAGCAGUUUUCAACAACAGCAUCAGCAGCAACAACAACAACAGGAGCCAUUUCCACCAGCAAAUUCUUUAUCUCAAACACAAGGACUAUCUACAUCUAUAUCUAAUAUAUCGACAACACGUGCUACAUGGAGUGAUAGACCUAUUCUACGCGAAUUAAGUGUACAGCGUAAUCCAGCUGUUGUGACAAAUGGAUGCAAUGAAGCAGUUCAAACUAUUUUGGAUGAAGGUGAUACUGAUAAUGUGGUUAUUUCAAGUGAUCCCCGUAUGCAACGCACUAAAGACCGACUGGAAGCACGUCGAGCUACAGAAAGAGCAAUGGUAGCAGAACAAUUGGAAGCAUUACGUACUACGGGGCGUAAAGAAAAAGAAGCAGCUGAUCGUGCCCAGUAUGAAAGGAAAUUGAAUGAAAAAGAAAGACGUGAAGCUGUAUUACAAGCACAUUUAUCUAAGAAGGAAGCUGCUAUGUCUUCUGGAUAUCGUAAUAAUAAUAAUAAUAAUCCAUACCCUGUAAGAUCUGGUUCCUCAGCACUUUCCAAAUCUGAAGUGAAUCUGUCCACUACAACUCCUAAACAUAGUGCAAGUAAAAAACCGUCUACUGCUCCAAAACGUGAUAGAAAUGCACCAGUAGCAGCUUCAUUGGAUGCCUUUCCAUCAUCAAAGCCUAACUCCCGUGUAAAUUCAGCUAAAUCAAAAGCACCUCCGCCAGUUACUACACGUGGUAGUGGUGACGGGGAAGCUGGGGAUCUAAUAAUGGUAAUACUACCACUACUACUACUACUACUAACUUCUACUACGGGUGCCACACGUACACCGCUUCCUUCUGGGAUUAGUCUAUCUUCAUUACAUCGACUUGGUGCUUCAGAAUCACCAUCUAGCGGUCCUGGUGUACCUGUUCAAUGCUUAAACCAGCCUCGUUUAUUUGUGAAACCUAAAGCGAAAUCCAAUCGUACUGUUGUUGUUAAUGCCAUCAGUCAUUGUUGUUUAGCUGGGACUGUCAAUGAACCGACAAAACAACUUGCGCUUAAAGAAUUAGCUGCUACUGAAGGAACACACUUUAUGAUACUCUUUCGUGACUCUCGAUGUCAGUAUCGAGCUGUUUAUUCAUUUGACCUGGAAUCAGAAGAGUUGAAAAUUAUUUGUGGCAAUGGUCCAAAAAGAAUUACACACGAAAUGGUUAAUAGGUUUUUCAAAUACAACAGUGGAGCAAAACAAUUCACUGAAAUCACUUCGACAAAACAUUUAAGCCCUGUUGUCGACGCUGUAACAAUUCACGAUGCUCUUUGGAUUAAAUCCGGUGGUGCACAUACACUUUUGCCAAGUCAUUGUUCUUAAUUAUAUACACUUAUAUUUCUUAAAUAUAAGAAAGCAGAUUUUACAACUAGAAAAGAGAGACAAACAUUUUCCUCAAUUCAAUUAUACAUAUUAACUUGUUUUCACUUACAUUUACCUAACUGCUUCUCUAUUCCUCUUAUUCUUUGGGUGAUGGAAUUUUAAUUAUUGUCUGAAUAUAUAUUAUUUCUUCAUGUUAUUGUUAUCAUUGUUUUAUUGUUUAUUAAUUAUGUAAUCAUAAUGAUGACAAUAAUGCUUACUAUGCAAAUGUUCAUAUAUGAUGACCAGGUGAUAUAGCCUCACUUGUAUCUCCU